UUCAUCUACUGUUUACAAACACACACAAUGACGUCUCUGCAAACCGACUUUGGCAGCCAUUUUGGCAUCGAAAACAUACCUUUUGGAAUUGCGUCCUCGGACAAACAUACAUCACCACAAGCAGUCACACGUAUCGAGAACAAGGUCGUCUUUCUUGCAGAUCUGGUGCAAUCUGAUUGUGAACUGCAAAGCCUGCCCAAUGGCAUAUUCUCACAACCAACAUUGAACGCAUUCGCAUCUCUGGGUAGACCUGCUCAUAGACUUGUUCGCUCUGCGAUUCAGAAGAUUCUCAAGGAGAGCAAGUUGCCUGAAAGCAGCACCGAGGAUGUCUCGAAGUGCCAGAUGCAUCUUCCAGUAUCGGCCGCAGACUUUACAGACUUCUCGUGUUCAGAGUACCACAACCUCAAUGCUGGUCAUGCUGCGACAGGAAGGAGGGGACUUCCUCCCUCUUGGGGAUUCAUUCCUCCAGGUAAGCUUGCCAAUUUUCACACUUGGAUGUCUCGUACUCAUAAUGAACAGNGUUAUGCUGGUAGAUGCUCAAGCAUCAAGAUCUCCGGGACUCCUGUGAGAAGACCAAUCGGCCAGUUCUGGGAAGACCACAUGGCAGCAAUGAAAGGAGAGAACAGGAAGAUCGUCUAUGGGCCCAGUCGCAGGAUGGACUAUGAGAUGGAGCUGUCUGCCGUGAUAGGCAAGCCAGUCCCGUACGGCCAAACUGUUACAGCGAACAAUGCUGGCGAGCACAUCUUUGGCUUUGUCAUGUUGAAUGAUUGGAGUGCCCGCGACAUCCAGAUAUUGGAGAUGAUUCCGCUCGGUCCCUUGAACUCAAAGAACUCUGGUACAACACUGUCACCCUGGAUCAUCACAUACGACGCAAUGGAGCCGUUCCGCGUCAGUGGGCCCGGCUGGAAACAUACUUUGCCUCCCCACCUUGCUGUGGAGAAGGAUGAUCGAGGCCUGUCUAUCGACCUCUCUGUUUUUGUUCAAUCUCCAGAGAACGAUGUGACUCGUGCUUGUGCCGCAAACAGUAGUGUCCUGGCAUGGUCUUUCGAGCAGCUAUUGGCACACCAGGGCAGCGCAGGUUGUGGCUUCCAAGCUGGAGAUCUGCUCGCCUGCGGUACAGUGUCAGAGGAUUCUGAAGAUGGGCGUGGAUGCAUGCUCGAGCACAACCUUCCUCCGCCAGCUGUGCAACGUGGUUACCUAGCAGAUGGAGUUGUUGUACAAUUCACAGGAAAGUGCGGCGAGGGUGUUGGUUUUGGUGAAUGCCGAGCAGAACUACUACCAGCUCUCUCUACAGAGACAUGGGCCAGCGAGUAG